UAUACUUGACAGCUGCGCUGAGCCGCUGAACGUUUGCAAGUAUUUAUAUUAUAUGCAAGUAAGUAAGUUAUAAAUUGCACAGUUCAAAGUAAACUGCAGUAAGUAACCAGCUCAGCCAACAAACGUUGCAUCAAACGAUGUAUUUCUAUAUAUACCUACUUACUGGCAUGUUAAUUAAUUAAGUUAGUGGCAUACUAGAAUUGUCUGCUAGUGUGGAAUGCACGAAAAAAUAAUAGUAUUUUGUAAAAAACGACUGGGAGACAGUAUACAUGUGCCAGAGAGCGACAGAAAAGAGCUGCUGUUGCUGGUGAUUUGGUGUGGCGUGUGGUGCAGUAGUGCUGGAUGAAUUAGUAUUUGUCUGUACUUAUACUUGAUUCCGCAGCAAAAUUUUCGCUUCGUCACGAGACAUCUAAUAAUUACUUGUGUACUUGACACUUGAUUGUUUUUGGACACGCGGACGUGGAUGAGUCAAAAUUUACUUUUCCAAAAGUGUUCGUACGUAUAAUUACGUAUAGGUAUAGGUUGUACUUAUACACACACAACUGGUACGCGCGUACCACCAGGUCAAGAGGGUAGUCGUAUAAUAGCUAAGUAUAGGCAGAGAGAGGAUGGACGGGAACAAGGAUGAGGCUAAUCGGUGCACCGAGCUAGCCGAGCGAUGUGUCAGGGAAAAGAGGUUUGACGAAGCAGUGAAGUUCCUCAAGAAGGCCCAGAGGCUAUUCCCGACCAAGAAGGCUGAGGAUUUGUUAGCAACUGUAACUUUGAUGUCGAAACAGCAGAGUGCAAAGGUAGAACCCGAGGCAGAGGUUAGAAAGAGGCACGGUAAUGCCAGCAAAAGUAAUGGAGCCCAGACUCAGGCUUCAGCAGCUGAUUAUACAGAUGAACAAAUGGAACAUAUUAAGAGAAUAAAUAAGUGCAAAGACUAUUAUGAAAUUUUGGCUGUCAGUAAAGAUGCCACAGACAGUGAUGUCAAAAAGGCUUAUAGAAAGUUGGCACUUCACUUGCAUCCAGAUAAAAACAGAGCACCUGGAGCAAACGAAGCAUUUAAAGCUGUCGGUAAUGCUGCUAAAAUCCUAAUGGAUCCUGAAAAGAGAAAGCAGUACGACUUGUAUGGAUCAGAAGAAGAAAGACUUAGUACUACAAGGCACUCACAUUCACAUUAUAAUUAUUCACGGGGUGGUUUUGAAGCUGAUGUAACAGCUGAAGAACUAUUUAACAUGUUCUUUGGUGGUUUUCCACAACAAGAAUUUUAUGUCAGAAGAGGUGGUGGCAGGUGGAUGAGACAAAAUGAGGCACAGCAUCAGCAUACUCACUCCCAACAACAAGCAAAUACGUACACUACAUUCCUUCAAAUGUUGCCUGUAUUAUUACUGAUUAUUUUGACUAUGAUGAGCAGUUUUUUUAUGUCUGACCCCAUCUAUAGCUUACAUCAAAGUUCUAAAUAUUCAAUUCAAAGAACUACUCAAAAUUUGAAAGUACCUUAUUUCGUCAAAGACAACUUUCAUACAGAAUAUGAUGGUAAUUUAAAAAGAUUAGAGGAAUUAGUUGAAAAAGAGUAUAUGACGUUCUUACAACAUUCAUGCUUUAGAGAAAGGAAUUACAAAGAGAACAUGAUAUGGAGAGCAAGAAGCUUGGGUGACCAUGAUAAAAUUCAAAAGGCAAGGAAUAUAGACAUGCCAUCAUGUAGGCAAUAUCAAGGCAUGCAAGCAUAGUUUGAAUAGUAAAAACGACUUUCUCUAUGGUUUUGUAAUUUUAGAUUUACUGUAUAUUAAAAUUUAUUGAUUUAUCUUCAAAAUUUAAGCUACAGUUCUAUUCAACAGCUUUUUACAAUCAUGAUUUCAUUACUGUUUAUCAAUAAGUUGUUUUUGGUACUCUAAAGUUAUGUUGUGUGCAAUGAUUGCAUUGUUUGUACACUUUCAGUGAAAUAAAACAAUCAGAUGCAUUUUUAUAUAAAAAUCACCACUUUAGUAAUUAGUACAGUAAUGCAAAUAGUAAAUUUGUUAUUUUAAUAAUACAACUUCAAUUCAUCGUGAAAUGUUAUUCAAAGUUCAAAGUAUAAGAAGAUUUGAAGCUGUAUAUCAUGAAUAUUGUGAAAUAAUUUUUGUACAUAUAGUA